AUGCACUUGCCGCCUCGACCUGGGUCGGCUGGUAUUUCCGAUGCCAUCCAUGCCACGAAGUCAUUGCCGGUAGGAUUGUAUUCAAAGCUCGGUCAAGCGGAGGGCCCGCGUGUUCCAGAUGUUGGGGGCCAUCAAAUGGCCUUGCAGGCUCUGCCGUCCGAGCCAGGCACCAUUCGGAUGCAUCCCCAGGAACUGCUGCAGCAUCUGGACAAGCUGCAGCCAACCCACCCGCUGCAGUCGGCUCCCCCACAAAACGGGCAUCACGAGCCAAAUGACAUGCAGCCGGCACAAGUGCCUCCAGUGCAUGCCACGCAUAGCACUGCAGCAUCAUGCGCUGCGAAGGCAGGACACCCCCAUGCACCGACACAGAACUUCUCUCAGCAUGCCGCACCUAUGCAGUUUCACGGCCACACAGCCCAGAGCAGUCACUUGCAUCAGACGCCGGUUGCAAAGCACGGGCGUCCGUCCCCGGCCCCGCCACAGAUUCCACCACAGCUUCCAGUCGAGGCUCGUGGACACAGUGCAGGCCAUGCAAUGGCAAAGGCCACGGGUGAUGUGAGCUCGCUGCUCCGCAAAGCCGAGACGCUCAAAAGGGAUGUUGACUCCACUCUGGAAGGCUUUGCUGCCAACAAGGCGGGCUCCGAUGUUGCCAUGCAGCAGCGUCUGGCAGCGCUUUUUGCAGAUUUAACCAACACGACUCAGAGAGUCCGAGAAGAGGUGGACGCGAUGCCUGAAAAAGGGCGCGCGGCCUGGGACAGAAAGACUACUCGCCUGGAGGAGGACGUGUCGGUCAUCCAGAAUGCCGUGGACAAGCAGCUGGGAGCCUUUUACCGAGUCAAGAGAGAAGAGGAGAACCGCAAGAAGCUCCUUGGUGACAGAAAGAAGAAAGAUGGCCCUGACGAUGAGACACAGGGCUUGGUGCGGGAGAAUCGGUCUCUCCGAGACUCCGCCGCCGCCCUUGACGAAGUCUUGGAGCAGGCAGGCUCCAUCUUCGGAAACCUCGUGAACCAGAACAAGGUUCUGAAGAAUGCGCGGCGGAAGCUCCUGGACGCUGCGAACAGCAUCGGGGUGUCGCAGAGCCUUGUGAAUGUAAUUGACCGAAGACAGACCGGGGACAAGUGGCUGGUCUACGGGGGGAUGGCCCUCACGCUGUUCAUCUUGUUCUCUCUCUGGUAUCUGCUCCGCAUGUGCGAUCUCCGAGGUGCAGAAGCGAGCCCGAUCAUGCAUUUUUCCCCGCCAUGUGCACACACUGCCGGCAGAAACAACACUGCAUCAGCGGACAGAGUCGCAGUAGCAAGGCAGGUAGAGCCCGCCAACAUCGGAGCCCUGCUAUGGGGUGCACCCAUGAGCAUUGGCCCGGAAAAGGGACUUGGAAGUGCCCGACGCAGCCCCAGAAGGACAUGGCCUGCAUGGCAAUCUGCUGCUUUGGAGGUCCAACGCAGCAUGCGGACUCAGGCGAGCCUGCUCGACGUCAACAAGAUGCUCGGGGGACUCGCCAAAGAUGGUCGAUGGCAGCUCGUGCUGCUUCAGCUCCGGCUGUGGUCCCAACUCCAGCUGGACUUGGUCAGCUUCAACUCGGCACUUUUAGGCCUGAGCAAGGCAGCUCGCUGGCUGCAGGCGCUGGAGCUCUUCUCGCUCCUGGCCGGUCUUGCCUUGCUCCCGAACGCUGUGUCGCGCACCACCGUUGCUUUGAAAACCGGCGAGAGAUGGCAGGGAUCGUUGCUGCUCCUGCGCGAGCGCGGAGGCGCCUUCGAGGAUGCCGUCGCCUGCAGCGCAGCGCUCACCGCCGCUGGCCGCGGCCGAGGAAGCUGGCGACUGCCUUUGCAACUCUUCUCAAUAGCCAGCACGAAGAUGCUGUUGCCAAAUGUCGUGGUACUGACCGCCCAAAUAGCUCCCAACACGUGGGUUCACGGGCUUCAGCAGCUUCAGGCCUGCGGCCGCACGCGGCUCCGCCUCGAUUCCGUGGCUUUCGUGGCCGCUGUGGCGGCGCCGGGCGCCUGGAGCAGCUCCCUGGAGCGACUGGCCUGGGGGAGAAGGCGCGGCUUGCCUGGACUGGGCUCCGGGGCGCGUAGCGCGGCCGUCGCUGCUGCCGCCGAGGCCUCUCUGUGGGAAGAAUCCAUCGCGGUGCUGUUAAGUCCUCGCCGAGCAAGACGGUUAGGUGAGAUUACGCUGCAGUAUAGAAAGAACCAGCUCUGUGGCUUCGUCUCGGCCAUCGCGGCCUGUGAUGCCCUGCGCUGGGCUUGGGUCCUUGAGCUCUUGCACCGGGGUCGGACGUGGGGACUCGGCCUCGACCUGGACGUGCUGAACGCGGUCGUUAGUGGCUGCGAAUCGGUGUGGCAACAGGCCUUGGCAACACUGGGCUUUGCCUUGGCAGCGCAAAGCACGCUGCCGGACCUCAUCACUUGGAAUGCGUUGCUUUCCGGCACCCCUUGGUCCUCAGCAAUGGAGGCAUUGCAGAGCCUGCAGCAGCGAGGACUUCAAGCCGACGUGAUCUCUGUGACGGCCGUGGUCACUGCCUUUGAGCAAGGUUUGCGAUGGUCCGCUUCGAUCGCUGCGAUUUCACGAAUGCAGGAGGACCGACUGCUGUGCAACGAGCAGACCUUUACGGCAGUGGCCAGUGCUUGCCAGAAAGCCGGCAGAGAAAGGUUCGUGCCGUGCGUCCUGGAGGAAAUGCGGCAUCAGGGCCUGGCCUGGGACGUCGCUGCACUGAGCACAGCUCUCCUUGCAUCCGAACAAACUCUGUCUAGUCCCAUCCUUUGCUUGCUAUCAUUCCAGUCAGGCCGCACCGUUCGUUUUAUGCAACCUCUCAGAUGA